GCCUGUCCCAGAUGAGGUGCAGCUUGGGUAAAUGGCCGGAAAAGGUUUAUCCAUCGCGCUGACAUGUCAUAUCAUAGCUCUGGCACUUAUUUUUACAAGAACUUUGCACUAUCGCCGACCAUUUGUUGAUUAAUGAUGAGGAAUAUCUUUACACGUGCGUGUAUGAAGUUCCGAAAGAGGCGCUUGUUUUGUCACUGUCAGAUGUGUGUGAGUGAGAAAGUUGUGAUUGAACGGAGAAACAUUUUAUUUAUUGUUGAACGUUCAUAUUUCUAUAAAAAAUCAACAUUAUGAUUCACAGUUUGUUUAUAAUAAAUUCUUCCGGGGAUGUCUUUAUGGAGAAACAUUGGAAGAGUGUGAUCCUUCGCUCUGUGUGUGAUUAUUUUUUUGAUCAGCAACGUAAAAUCAGUUCUCCAGAAGAUAUGCCACCCGUAAUAGCAACACCACAUCAUUACCUCAUCAGCAUCAAUCGUUGUUCUAUGUUUUUUGUAGCCGUUUGUAUGACUGAAGUGCCACCUUUAUUUGUUAUUGAGUUCCUUCAUCGUGUUGUGGACACCUUUGAAGAUUAUUUUGGUGAAUGUACAGAAUCAAUUAUAAAGGAACAUUAUGUAGUGGUAUAUGAGUUGCUUGAUGAAAUGUUGGAUAAUGGGUUUCCAUUAGCUACUGAAUCUAAUAUUUUGAAAGAGCUGAUAAAACCACCAAACAUUUUGAGAACAAUAGCCAACACUGUAACAGGAAAGUCAAAUGUGAGUGCAACGUUGCCUAGCGGUCAGUUAUCAAAUAUCCCAUGGCGAAGAACGGGUGUGAAGUACACAAAUAAUGAAGCGUACUUCGAUGUGGUGGAGGAAGUGGAUGCAAUAAUUGACAAGGCUGGCUCUACAGUGUUUGCAGAAAUACAGGGAUAUAUUGACUGCUGCAUAAAAUUGAGUGGGAUGCCCGAUCUGACUCUGUCAUUUAUGAACCCUCGCCUGUUUGACGAUGUCAGCUUCCAUCCUUGUGUUCGCUUCAAGCGCUGGGAGGCUGAAAGACUGUUGUCUUUUAUCCCUCCUGAUGGGAACUUCCGUCUUAUGUCUUACCACAUUGGAUCUCAAAAUAUAGUAGCGAUCCCUAUAUAUGUAAGGCAUAGUAUUUCCUUUAAAGAUGUUGGAGGAGGAAGACUGGAUCUCACUGUGGGACCAAAACAGACAAUUGGUAGAACUGUCGAGAAUGUUGUUAUUGAAAUUCCAAUGCCAAAAUCUGUGCUAAACUGUAGUCUUGUUCCUAAUCAAGGGAAAUAUUCCUUUGAUCCUGUCAGUAAAGUACUGAUGUGGGAUAUUGGACGUAUAGAUACAUCGAGACUGCCAAAUCUCCGAGGCACUAUCAAUUUGCAGUCAGGUGCUCCUGCCGUAGAAUCAAAUCCCUCAAUAAAUGUUCAGUUCACCAUUAAUCAGCUAGCUGUUUCUGGUCUCAAAGUUAAUCGAUUGGAUAUGUAUGGUGAAAAGUACAAACCUUUUAAAGGUGUAAAAUAUAUUACUAAAGCUGGACGUUUCCAAAUACGAAUGUAAAAUUUAUGUGACUGUAUGACAGUUGACUGGAGUCAGCUGAAGAGUAGUUCCAUACAAGUUGCUAAAUUUUCACAGUUGCCCAUUUCUGGGAAACUGAUGUAUCACCUGUGCUGCAGCUGACAAGAAGCAGCUGGUAAAGAAACACAUUCUGGACAAUAAGACACAUGUCGGUGUCAAUCUCACAGAAGUGUGUUAAUGUCUUCAGAUGGAAAAAGACUAAAAUUAUUAUAGCAUGGAUAAUUUGGAAAAUAUAAUUUAAUGUAAUCUGUGAUAAGUA